AUGGAUGUCGUACUGGCCGAUGGAACUCAACUUCACGUCACACGCACUACCCAUCCCGAACUCUACUACGCGCUGCGUGGAGCUGCAGACAGCAUCGGUAUUGUGACUACCUUCUACCUGCAGACCCAGCCCGCUCCGGCACAGAUCGUCAGCUACUCCAUGAACUUCACUUCCGCGCUGAAGUCUUCAACUUCCGUUGCCGACGUCCUUCUCCAGUUGCAGAAGUUUGCCCAAUCUUCUCCCCUCAUGGACCGUAACAUCACACUUGAGAUCUACAUGAACAUAUUCGGCGCCUUCGAAGUCCGAGGCUGGUACUUUGGCGACCGCACACACUUCUCCAGCGCCGUACUUCCCGCCAUGCUUGAGGGUUUGCCCAAGGCCGACAACACAACGAUCGCGACCAGAAGCUGGCUCGAUGCGCUGCAGGAUAUCGCAGAAGGCGAACCUCUUGUUGAGCCUUUGACUGGCUACAACAAUCACCAGACCUUCUACACCAAGUCUAUUGUUACGAGAGAGGCAAAGCCACUUACACGUCGCGCACUGGAAAGCUUUGCUGGGUAUGUCAUUAGUAAGGGUUUGAGCGCGGAGUCCCCAUGGGAGACGUAUAUCUCGCUGUAUGGCGGGAGGGAUAGCCAGAUCAAUGUUCCAUCGCCUGAUAGUGCGGCGUACUCGCAUCGGGAUUCGCUUUGGGUUUUUCAGAAUAUUGGUUCCUCGGCCAAUAUGCUUCCGCCUUUUGAGUCUGGUAUCAAAGCGUUCGUGCAAGGACUCAAUACCGCUUUGACAGACGCACAGCCCGAUGGCGACUUUUUGGCAUACCCGAAUUAUCUGGAUCCAGAGCUGACACCAGCGGAGGCGCAUCGAUUGUACUAUGGUGAUGCGACUUAUGGAAAGCUAAAGCAGGCUGCUUUGCGGCCUGCACCAACUGGUCUCGAUGCGGAAGGGACGUUGCAAGAUGCUGUAAGAGACCUAAUAACAUCCUACCACGAUCUCAACCCCUCAACAAUCGACAUCCUCACCACUGAACCCUCACCCCUACAAUUCAUGCGCCACGUCGCCCGCAACCGACCCUUCGUAAUACGAAACGGAGCCAAAGACUUCAAAGCCAGAAAAGCAUGGAAUGCCUCGUACCUAAAAACCGCGAUGCAAGGCCAAAACGUCAACGUAGCAAUCACCCCACACGGGAACGCCGACUCAGUCGUCUCCCUCCCGUCAGAUGGCGCGAUAUUCGUCAAACCGUAUGAGACCGAAGAGCCCUUUGAAGACGUCCUCAACAAGAUCCAACGCCAAGAGCAAGAAGCCGACUACAGCGGUCCAACACGCUACGCGCAAACUCAAAACGACAAUCUACGUAACGAAUACUCCACGCUCUUCGCAGACGUACCCAAGAGCAUACCCUUUGCGCGUAUAGCCCUUGAGCAAGAACCCGACGCCAUCAAUUUCUGGCUUGGAAACUCGUAUUCCACGACUGCUCUGCACAAGGACAACUACGAGAACAUCUACGUGCAGAUACUGGGGCAGAAGCAUUUCGUUCUUUUGCCGCCUGUAGAAGCGGGUUGUGUUAAUGAGAAGAGCGUGUUAGCUGCGACUUACACUCCGAAACGGGAGGAUGGUUCAGCUCACAGUGCGCUUGAGCAAGAUGAUCUGGUUAUCAAGGUCGAUGAGCCGGAAGAAUAUGUACCCUUCGCGACAUGGGAUCCUGAUCAGCCUGCUACGAACACUACGCCUUACUCGCAAUACUCGCAACCACUCCGAGUCACGCUGGAAGAAGGCGACAUGCUGUACCUACCCGCACUAUGGUACCACAAAGUGAGCCAGAGCUGCAACGAAGAAGGGAUCUGUUGCGCAGUAAACUACUGGUACGAUCUCGACUUCAGCGGCGGGUUUUGGAGUACCGCGAAUUUCGUACGAAGCGCUGGCUUGCUGAGCAUGGCAGAAAAGACUGCAGUACAGACACAAGAAGAGAGAUGA